AUGUCUCCACUGUUAGCUAUUUUGUGUGUGGCAUUCCAUGCUGCCUUCGCUGCUACUAACAGCAGCGUAGAGGACUGCCCUAAAUCUCUCACAAGGAAUGAAUACCUAACUGCUUACAACGGAAUCUGCUACCAGUUUGUCCUCUACCGCAAAAGAGAUUUCAUCAGCGCCAGAGAAGACUGCAGCACUUAUGGAGGUGUCCUGGCUUUGGCUAAAACUAGAGACAUCCAGACUUACCUACAAAACCAAAUUACCAGUCGUGGAGUCCUCGAUACAGUCUGGAUAGGCCUAACCGACAUUGAAAAGGAAAACACUUUUGUGUGGGAAGAUGGGUCUCUUCUGGACGACGCAGCGUCUAACUGGGCUGAUGGGUCAGGCCCACGAGAAGGAGCUAUCCAGCAUCGUCUAGAGGACUGUGUUGCCAUGGACACCAACAGAAACGGCAUCUGGGUUGACUACCAUUGCCAGGACGAAUUUCUUGGUCUGCUGACGUAUGAGAAGAAUUAUGUUUGUCAAUAUCGGGCAAAUGUCAGAUCAGCCAUUUAA